AAUGCAAUGGUACGAUUCAAAAUUCAUAUAAGGUUAUUUUUUAUACAGUGAAACGAUCACUUUUAUUCGGAAGAAAUAUAUCUUGGUUCUUUAUGACUUUAUCUGCCAUUUAAUUUCUAGAAAUCUGAGUCUUAUCAGUAACUGGCCUUCAAUUAAGUUUAUUUAUCCAAAUCGUAAAUUCCCUGACUUAAAAAAACUACCUAAUGCUCGACACAUUAUCAGUAUUUAGUUCACUAUGUAUUUAGUCGCUUUCGGUAACUCUAGGGAAAAUGACGUGUGACGUCAGAAGCCUGUUGUUUUUUUUAAUUGCCUUGAUUGGAACGUGUUUGGCUCAGAUAAUGUAUGAAGGGCCCGAACCAAAUGUAGAAGUCUUGCACCCUAAGGGAUUUAAAGUCAGCUUAAAAGAUGAUGGAUAUUCGUCUUUUAGAGUUCGAGGAAGGUUAUUUUUCCUUAACAAAGCAGAAACUAGAGUAUUAACUGAACGAGACACAAAUGUAUCGAAACGCGACGGGUACUGGGUGUACGAAAACUGGAGACAUAAGUUAGAAGCUGGAGACACUAUAUUCUAUGUUAUUAACGUCAACAAGCGCGGGAUCGACGCAAUGAGCUUUAUCUAUGAUUAUACCGUCACUGAAAGCUCAUGCCGGGAAUCCAAAACUGUGGUCCGAGGAGAAAAAUCAGUAUGUGAAGGCAGUAUGAUUUUCCAGGAGGAGUUUGAAAAGACAAGUCUUUCAGAUUUGUGCAAUUGGUAUUCAGAGAUCAUGUUUCCAAGAGAACCGGAUUUUCCAUUUAACGCAUAUGUUUCGAAUGAUACAAUCAGUUUUGAGGACGGGUCACUGGUCAUCAGGCCCGUGCUUAGCGAGACUCAGUAUGGAGAGGACUUCCUUUACAACGCUUUUGACCUGGGCGCUAGAUGUACAGGAACGGAAGAUAGAUACGAGUGCAAGCAUGAAGCUUCAGGUGCUAAUGUAUUUCCUCCAGUGCUCACGGCCAAGAUCAGCACCCGACACCAUUUCAACUUCAAGUUUGGAAGGAUCGAAGUACGAGCAAAGCUGCCAGCUGGCAGUUGGUUGAUACCCGAAAUCAAUUUGGAGCCAUCAGACCAUACUUACGGCCAAGAUCACUACGAGUCUGGUUACAUGCGCGUGGCCUUCGCCCGGGGCAACCCAAGUCUGGCAAAGAAGCUGUAUGGAGGUCCAGUACUCUCAGACACUGAGCCCUUCAGGUCAGCUCUGCUCAAAGAGAAGAUUGGAAUCGAAAGCUGGAAUAAGGACUUCCAUAACUACACUUUGGUCUGGAGACCAGAUGGUAUCGACUUACUGAUGGACGGAGAGCAUUAUGGUACAGUCAGCCCUGAAGGGGGGUUCAUUGAGUCUGCCAGAAAUUAUAGCGUCACUCACUCUUGGCACUGGGCUAAAGGAACUGUCAUGGCGCCGCUUGAUGAAAUGUUUCACGUGACCCUUGGUCUUCGAGUGGGGGGUAUCAACGAAUUUCCCGAUGAUCUCGCUGACAAGCCAUGGGUUAACGGCGCUAGCAAGGCCAGGCUGGACUUCUGGUCUAAUAAAGACUCCUGGUAUCCAUCUUGGCACAACACUGCUUUACAUGUAGACUACGUCAGAAUAUACGCGCUUUAGAAAUGUAAAAAGAAACAUGUCGUGUCUCAGAUGUCUUUUAUUCUUUUUCAAUAAUUGUUUUAUUAGAAAAUGUUUAGGAUUAUACCUUUAAAUGUUUGGAAUUAAAUUGUUGAUUCCAU